AUGGAAAUUGAAAAAUGUAAUUGUUAUUACGAAAUAUUAAAUGUUGAAAAUAAUGCUACAAUUGAAGAAAUAAAAAAAAGUUAUAAAAAAAUAAUUUUACAAUAUCAUCCUGACAAAAAUGCACAUUUAUCUGAAGAACAACAAAAAAAAUACACAAAUAUUUUUCGAAAAAUUCAAGAAGCUUAUGAAUGCUUAAUUGAUGAAAGACGAAGAAAAUGGUAUGAUAAAAAUCGAAAACGAAUUAUUCAAGGAAGAGAAGAUGAAGAAAAAAAUGAACAAAAUAAAUAUUCAAGUAAGAAUAUAAAUAUAUGGGAAUAUUUCAAUAAUAACUGUUAUAAUGGAUUCGAUGAUAAUGAAAAAGGUUUUUAUAAUGUAUAUAAAAAUUUAUUUGAUGAAAUAAUAAAAGAAGAAAAUGAAGAGAUAAGAAAGAAAUAUAAAAAUAAUAAGGAAAAUAUUAAUGCGCCAAGUUUUGGUAAUUCUAAAUCCUCUGGAAAAGAAAUUGAUGCUUUUUAUGAAUAUUGGUCAAAUUUUACAACAGUUAAAAAAUUUGAUUAUUCUUAUGAUUAUAUAAAAAGUUGUGAAUUUGAAAAUAGAAAUAUUAGAAGAACUUUAAAAAAGGCUAAUGAAAAAAGAAGCUUGAAAGAAAGAAAAGAAUAUAAUGAAAACAUAAGGUCACUUGUUCACCAUUUAAAAAAAUAUGAUGUACGCUAUUUAAAUAGAAUUGUUGAAAUAGCUGAAGAAAAAAGAAAAAGAAUUGAAGAGAGAGAAAAACAAAAGAAAAUGCAAAUGAUGCAAAGAAAAAUCUUAUUUGAACAAAAUAAAAAAAGAGAAUAUUUAGAAGAUGAAAAAGAAUCAAUUAAUUAUUCUUCUGAUAAUCAUGAAGAUAAGGAUUUUUCUGAUUACACAAAUUAUAGCUUGAAGAUAAAAGAAAAUAAAAAUGAUACAAAAGAAAAAGGAAAAAAGAAAUAUAUAGAAAAUGUAAAUGAUGAAGAGGAUAAAAAUAAAUAUGGAAAUGAAAAUUCUUUUAAUGAUGAAGAAAUAAACAGAAAUUAUGCGAAUAUAAAUAAUAGUGAAGUUAACAAUGAUAUAUACAUUAAUGUUUUAGAAAAAAUUAUAUAUAGAUGCGAAAUAUGCAAAAAGAAUUUUAAAAGUAUGAAGCAAUAUGAAUCACAUGAAAAAUCCAAAAAACAUAUAAGUAACUUCUUAAAAAAUUCAAAAAAAUUCGAUUUAAAAAAUAUUUUUGAGGAAGAAGGGGAAGAAAAGGAAAUAAACUCUGAUAAAAAAAUAGAGAAAGAGGAUGAUACUGAUAAUGAAAGAAAGGAAUUUUCUUUUUCCGAAUCUAAAAACAAAGAAAUAAUUAAUAAUAAUAUAUACAAAAAAGUUGAUAAUAGUAUUUCAUUAAAUGGUGGAAAUACAAUAUUACAAUCAAAUGAAAAUCCUUCAAGUGAAGAAGUAUUAGAAAGUUAUGACAAUAUAUUUCAAGAUAAAAAUAUCAUGUGCGAUUAUAAAAACAAAAAUAAUAAAAGCAAAAAAGAAAUUAUUGACACAGUAUUAUGUGAAAAUGAAAAAAAAGACAAAAAAACAAAAAAAAAUGGAAAAUCCAGUUCAAAAAAAAAAAGAAAUAAAAAAAAUUGUGAAGAAAAUAUUUCAUGUAAUGAACAAAAUGAUGUUACUUCUGAAUCUACAAACGUCAAUGAAGAUAUAUUAUCUUGGUAUAGAAAUACAAAAAAAAAUAAAGGAAAGUUUAUAGAAGCAGAAAGCUCAUUGGAAGUGGACAACUAUUUGCAGAAUGAUCGAAGCUUGAAUAAUUAUAGUGAUGGUUAUGAAACUUCAAGAAAAAAAAAAAAAGGAUUAAAAAAAAAUAAAAAAAAAGUGCUUAUAAAGAAUGAAAAUAAAAUAAAUAAUUUUUUUGAAGAAAAUUCAGAUUGGAAACCAAAAUCCAAUAAUCAUACUAAUCAUAAAAUAAAAGAAAAUAUAAAAAAUGUUCAAUGCAAAAUUUGUAAGCAGACUUUUGAUUCAAGAAAUAAAUUAUUUCAACAUAUAGAAAUAAAAGGUCAUGCUGCAUAUAAAAACAACGAUAAUGCCAUAAAAAUAAAUAAAAAUAAGAGAAACAAUUAA